AUGAAUGCAAAUACUUAUAGUGGGAUUACAUUGUUAAGUGCACUUGUGAAGGUGUUUGGCAGAAUUGUGAAAUAUGAGACAGAAAGGCGCAAGGCCAUUGCUGUAAUUGGCUUUAUAGCAGCCUUUCUAAUCCUGAUCAUUGCCCGCCUUACAAAUGAAGUCAGUUUUCCUCUCAUACUCAACUGCUUUGGACAGACCAGUGUCCAAUGGAUGCCAUUUUCUUAUACACAGAGGCGACCUCUAAGGGCACACUAUGGAUAUCUUAAUGUGAAAACCCAAGAGCCUCUGCAACUGGAGUGUGACCUCUGUGCCAUUAUUUCAAACUCAGGUCAGAUGACAGAACAGAAAGUAGGAUUUGAAAUUGACCAGGCUUCCUGUAUAUGGAGAAUGAACAAUGCUCCCACCAAGGGCUAUGAAGAUGAUGUUGGGAAAAGGACAACAAUAAGAGUUGUCUCCCAUACUAGUGUCCCUCUUUUGCUUAAGAAUGCAGACUACUUUUUCAAGGAAACAAACAGUACAAUUUAUGUCAUCUGGGGACCUUUCCGAAAUAUGAGAAAAGAUGGAAAUGGCAUUGUAUACAAUAUGCUGAAGAAGACUGUGGACAGUUACCCUGGGGCCAGAAUCUAUGUGACCACAGAAAAACGCAUGAGCUACUGUGAUGAAAUCUUUAAAAAGGAAACUGGGAAAGAUCGGUAA